UCUCUUCAAUAUCAACUCUUCAACAAUUCCUUGGAGUCCUAUUCAAUAGACUCACUUUCUUCCGCUUUUUUUUAACACCCUUUGAGUUAGAUCAUUCUCUGAGUGAUCCUCAAACCUAAACUUUUUUGUUGAUCAUUGUCUUCAAGAAAUGGCAUCUAGCUCAAUGUCAUCCACUGGCUCAUGGAGUACCAAGGACAACAAGGCCUUCGAAAGGGCUCUAGCUGUGUAUGACAAGGACACUCCCGACCGUUGGUACAAUGUUGCUAAGGCUGUUGGAGGAGGGAAGACUCCAGAGGAAGUGAAGAGGCACUAUGAGCUCCUUCUCAGGGAUGUUAGGUACAUUGAAUCAGGGAAAGUGCCAUUCCCAUACAAGCAAAGUGGAGGGUCUGAAGAAGAGAAAAGGCUGAGAAACAUGAAGCUCCAGUGACCAAUUGGCAUCAAGAACAAAGAAUUUUCUGAUUUUCACCAUCUAGCAAUUUUUCUAUAAUGCCAGUGCUACGUAAUAAGUAGUGCUAGUGACGUAGUAGGAUUAGAAUAUAUAUUAUUCAUAAGAAUCGUAUCCGAUGAUUCCAUGUUGUAUUGUCGUUGAAGCAACCUUAAAGAGUCAACGACUCUGUCUAAGUUCCAAUCAUAUUAAUAAAGUUUCAAUUUUAUGCGCUUA